AUGGCUCAGUACUUCCAAACACCCAACCUACUUGGCCAGGCAUACCAGGCCUUCGGCUACAGUCACGCAGUUGUGCUGCCUCUCAAUGCCCAGCUCGUCAUCGCCGCCGGCCAGCCCGGUGUAGAUGCUAGAGGCAACAUGGUCACGUCGUCGCCCAAAGACCAGAUCGAGGCCUGCUUUGACAACUGCGACCUCGCCCUCAAGACUGCCGGGGUCACCAGCGGGCUCGCCAGUGCGCACAAGGUCCACUGCUUUGUGACAGAUAUCAAGGAUGAGGCUGCCGUCAUGGAGGUGUGGAAGAGCAGAUAUCCCGAGCAUAGGCCGACUUGGAUGACGCUGGGCAUUAAAGAGCUAGCUGCUCCGGGUAUGCUGGUUGAGAUCCAGGUUGAGGCACAUCUUGUCGCGAACAGCUGA